AUGCCCAGGGCCCUCCCGCCCCUCGCGACCGACAAUCCCGCCAACCCCCCGGCCAGCAUCUCCCCCCAGAUUGUCGAGUCCGUCGCAGGCUUCAGCGCAGGCGUCGUCUCGUGCCUGACCGUGCACCCGCUCGACCUGCUCAAGAACCGGCUGCAGCUGAACACCUCCGCGCGUUCGCGGCCCGGUGACUCGCUGCGCAUCAUCCGCGGCGUGGUGCAGGAUGAGGGUGGCGUGCGGGCGCUGUAUCGCGGGCUGUGGCCGAACAUGCUGGGGAACAGUCUGGGGUGGGGGCUGUACUUCUUGUUCUAUGGGGAGGUCAAGGGCAUGCUGGCAAGGGGGAAGGAGGGCGGGAAGCUGGGGGGUGGGGAGUUCUUUGGGGCGGCGGUCGUUGCUGGCCUCCUGACAGGCGCCUGCACCAACCCCAUCUGGGUCGUGAAAACGCGCAUGCUCGAGCGCGGCGCGAACCACCCCUCGGCCUACCGCUCCAUGACGCAGGGCCUCCUCCACGUCUACGCGACCCGCGGCCUCAAGGGCCUUUGGGCAGGCUUCAUUCCGAGCACCCUCGGCGUCGCGCACGGCGCCGUGCAGUUCGCCAUCUACGAGAAAAUGAAGGCGCGGAAGAGCGCGCACCUGGCCGCAGGAGAACAUCUCAGCAACUGGGAUUAUAUCUACAUGAGCGGCAGUAGCAAGUUGCUCGCGGGCGCUAUCACGUAUCCGUAUCAGCCGAUCCGCGCGAGGAUGCAGCGGUACGAUGCAGCGAUGCAGUAUAGCGGGUUGAUCGAUGUGCUGCGCAAGACGUGGAGGAACGAGGGCUUUCUGGCGUUUUACAAGGGCGUUGUCCCGAACACCCUGCGCGUCAUCCCGACGACCGUGGUGACCUUCUUGGUGUACGAAAACACAAAGUUCUUCCUCCCGCGGAUGUUCAAGGACGAGGUCAUGGCGCACAAAGAUAAUUGA